AUGCACGGUUUCCCAAACUCGGUCCUUGUGGGUGGGGGGUUUGGGAAACCCUGCUAUAGUGCAUAGUUCUCCUCUGCCAGCUCAGCCCUUAGAUAAUAGAUCUGUGUGUGUGUGUGGUGUUUUUGUUUGGAUGCAUUCCUCAAUCAGCACAUUGGCCUAGUUAGUAGAAACUCCAAAGUAGAAUGUAAACUGCCUCAACCGUGUUGUAUCAGAGACAGUGGUUCCUUACUUGAUUGUGUGUUUGGUUACCUCUUGCUAUGACUCCUUCCUAGCCUGGUUCCAGAUCUGUUUGUGCUGUCUUGCCAACUCCUAUAAGCAUUGCAAAUAUGUACCAUGACCAAAGGAGUUGACAAGACAACACAACCACAUCUGGGACCAGGUUAACAGUUUACUGUAUUUGACUGCUUCUCUCCUCACCUCCCUCCUCCUCAGCUAGUAGGUGUGCUGCUGAUAGGUGUGGCAGCAUGGGGGAAGGAGUUUGGCAUCGUGUCUAGCAUCCACAUCAUCGGGGGGGUCAUAGCUGUGGGCUUCUUCCUGCUUCUCAUAGCCAUCGUGGGACUCAUCGGAGCCAUCCACCACCACCAAGUCAUGCUCUUCUUUGUAUCCUUUAUUUUUCCUGUAGGAGGAAGUCUCCUAACAUGGCUCAGUUUGAGUCAGUCAUUGGGCUUCAAUGACAGUUUCCCUGACUUCAUUGUAUUGGGCAACAGUUUGGAGUAGUGUAUCUAUUAAGCCAACCAAAAUCUACGUUUUUGUAAGAAAAGUGGCGAUAAAAUGAAAGAUUAACCUCUCGUGAAGUUUUAUGACAUUUUUUUAUUGUAAGAGACAAAUAUUUGAUAAAAUAUGUUAAAAGUCCAGACUGGGCUUAAUGGGUAACGAGUGUACCCUUUAAACCCGUGGGUGUUCCAAAUAAGCCCACCUCUUAAAUAACCCAUUUUAAUUCAUAUCCAAAUGUUGAAAACAUACAAACUGACAAUUCUUAUGGGAUCUUAGAUUAUAUUAAUCUCCCCUAAAGUCAUUAAAAUAAACUGAUCAUCACUAUUCAUCAUGACAGUAGCACUCAUAACAGCUGGGUGUCCAAUCAUAUCCACAGAGAUCAGUGUGGAUUUAAGCUUUUGUUUUUGCCAACUAGUACACACCUGAUUCAACUAUUCAUAGACUUCAAUCAAGACAUGAUUAGUUGAAUCAGGUGUGUUAUUCCUUAGUUAGGACAAAAACCUACACCCGCACCGUGGAUUAGACGCCAUGCACAAAGACCAUAACACACACAACUUGUUUUUAUUUUUUUGGGGGGUAGAUCAGCUUUAAUAUUGCAGAUAGAUUGUAACUUCCAUCAAUGUAAUUGUCUGCAUCACUUCCAAUCGCCCAUAUGUUUUUUUCUCGCAAAUAUAUACUACCGUUCAAAAGUUUGGGGUCACUUAGAAAUGUCCUUGUUUUCGAAAGAAAAGCAAUUUUUCUGUCCAUUAAAAUAACAUCAUAUUAAUCAGAAAUACAGUGUAGACAUUGUUAAUGUUGUAAAUGGCUAUUGUAGCUGGAAACGGCUGAUUCUUAAUGGAAUAUCUACAUAGGCGUACAGAGGCCCAUUAUCAGCAACCAUCAAUCCUGUGUUUCAAUGGCACGUUGUGUUUGCUAAUCCAAGUUUAUCAUUUUAAAAGGCUAAUUGAUCAUUAGAAAACCCUUUUGCAAUUAUGUUAGCACAGCUGAAAACUGUUGUGCUGAUUAAAGAAGCAAUAAAACUGUCCGCCUUGAGACUAGUUGAGUAUCUGGAGCAUCAGCAAUUGUGGGUUCGAUUACAGGCUCAAAAUGGCCAGAAACAAAAAACUUUCUUCUGAAACUUGUCAGUCUACUCUUGUUCUGAGAAAUGAAGGCCAAGAAACUGAAGAUCUCGUACAAUGCUGUGUACUACUCCCUUCACAGAACAGCGCAAACUGGCUCUAACCAGAAUAGAAAGAGGAGUAGGAGGCCCCGGUGCACAACUGAGCAAGAGGACAAAUACAUUAGUGUCUAGUUUGAGAAACGGACGCCUCAGGUCCUCAACUGGCAGCUUCAUUAAAUAGUACCCGCAAAACACCAGUCUCAACGUCAACAGUGAAGAGGCGACUCCGGGAUGCUGAUCUUCUAGGCAGAGUUGCAAAGAAAAAGCAUUAUAUCAGACUGGCCAAUAAAAAGAAAAGAUUAAGAUGGGCAAAAGAACACAGACACUGGACAGAGGAAGAUUGGAAAAAAGUGUUAUGGACUGACGAAUCGAAGUUUGAGGUGUUCGGAUCACAAAGAAGAACAUUUGUGAGACGCAGACCAAAUGAAAAGAUGCUGGAGGAGUGCUUGAUGCCAUCUGUUGAGCAUGGUGGAGGCAAUGUGAUGAUCUGGGGGGGGCUUUGGUGGUGGUAAAGGGGAUCUUGAAGAAGGAAGGCUAUCACUCCAUUUUGCAACGCCAUGCCAUACCCUGUGGACGGCGCUUGAUUGGAGCCAAUUUCCUCCUACAACAAGAAAAUGACCCAAAGCACAGCUCCAAACUAUGCAAUAACUAUUUAGUGAAGAACCAGUCAGCUGGUAUUCUGUCUAUAAUGGAGUGGCCAGCACAGUCACCGGAUCUCAACCCUAUUGAGCUGUUGUGGGAGCAGCUUGACCUUAUGGUACGUAAGAAGUGCCCAUCAAGCCAAUCCAACUUGUGGGAGGUGCUUCAGGAAGCAUGGGGUGAAUCUUCAGAUUACCUCAACAAAUUGACAACUAGAAUGCCAAAGGUCUGCAAGGCUAUAAUUGCUGCAAAUGGAGGAUUCUUUGACGAAAGCAAAGUUUGAAGGAAACAAUUAUUAUUUCAAUUAAAAAUCAUUAUUUUUAUCCUUGUCAAUAGGAUUUCCUAUUAAUUUUGCUAUAUUUCCUAUUCAAACUAAUUUCAUGUAUGUCUUCAUGGAAAACAAGGACAUUUGUAAGUGAACCCAAACUUUUGAACGGUAGUGUACAGUUGAAGUCGGAAGUUUACAUACACUUAGGUUGGAGUCAUUAAAACUCAUUUUUCAACCACUCCACAAAUUUCUUGUUAACAAACUAUAGUUUUGGCAAGUCGGUUAGGACAUCUACUUUGUGCAUGACACAAGUAAUAUUUCCAACAAUUGUUUACAGAUAGAUUAUUUCACUUAUAAUUCACUGUAUCACAAUUUCAGUGGGUCAGAAGUUUACAUACACUAAGUUGACGGUGUCUUUAAACAGCUUGGAAAAUUCCAGAAAAUUAUGUCAUGGCUUUAGAAGCUUCUGAAAGGCUAAUUUACAUAAUUUGAGUCAAUUGGAGGUGUACCUGUGGAUGUAUUUCAAGGCCUACCUUCAAACUCAGUGCCUCUUUGCUUGACAUCAUGGGAAAAUCAAAAGAAAUCAGCCAAGACCUCAGAAAAAAAAUUGUAGACCUCCACAAGUCUGGUUCAUCCUUGGGAGCAAUUUCCAAACGCCUGAAGGUACCACGUUCAUCUGUACAAACAAUAGUACGCAAGUAUAAACACCAUGGGACCACGCAGCCGUCGUACCGCUCAGGAAGGAGACACGUUCUGUCUCCUAGGGAUGAACGUACUUUGGUGCGAAAAGUGCAAAUCAAUCCCAGAACAACAGCAAAGGACCUUGUGAAGAUGCUGGAGGAAACGGGUACAAACGUAUCUAUAUCCACAGUAAAACGAGGAAGAAGACACUGCUCCAAAACAGCCAUAAAAAAGCCAGACUAUGUUUUGCAACUGCACAUGGGGACAAAGAUCGAACUUUUUGGAGAAAUGUCCUCUGGUCGGAUGAAACAAAAAUAAAACAAAAAUAGAACUGUUUGGCCAUAAUGACCAUCGUUAUGUUUGGAGGAAAAAGGGGGCACUUGCAAGCCAAAAAACACCAUCCCAACCGUGAAGCACUGGGGUGGCAGCAUCAUGCUGUGGGGGUGCUUUGCUGCAGGAGGGACUGGUGCACUUCACAAAAUAGAUGGCAUCAUGAGGAAGGAAAAUUAUGUGGAUAUAUUGAAGCAACCUCUCAAGACGUCAGUCAGGAAGUUAAAGCUUGGUCGCAAAUGGGUCUUCCAAAUGGACAAUGAUUCCAAGCAUACAAGUUGUGGCAAAAUGGCUUAAGGACAACAAAGUCAAAGUAUUGGAGUGGCCAUCACAAAGCCCUGACCUCAGUCCUAUAGAAAAUUUGUGGGCAGAACUGAAAAAGCGUGUGCGAGCAAGGAGGCCUAUAAACCUGACUCAGUUACACCAGCUCUGUCAGGAGGAAUGGGCCAACAUUCACCCAACUUAUUGUGGGAAGCUUGUGGAAGGCUACCCGAAACGUUUGACCAAGUUAAACAAUUUAAAGGUAAUGCUACCAAAUACUAAUUGAGUGUAUGUAAACUUCUGACCCAUUGGGAAUGUGAUGAAAGAAAUAAAAGCUAAAAUAAAUCAUUCUCUCUACUAUUAUUCAGACAUUUCACAUUCUUAAAAUAAAGUGGUGAUCCUAACUGACCUAAGACAGGGAAGUUUUACUAGGAUUAAAUAUCAGGAAUUGUGAAAAACUGAGUUUAAAUGUAUUUGGCUAAGGUGUAUGUAAACUUCCGACUUCAACUGUAUAUAUAUAUAUAUAUAUAUAUAUAUAUAUAUAUAUAUAUAUAUACACAUACACAUACAUAUAUAAACAUAUCCUUUAAAAAAAUAUAUUUCCCUUUAAUACUUUCCAACUCCACCACCCCUUCCCUAAUUGGAGUAAACUAGUGAACAACAAUGCUUAGGCCUCUACUUCCAGCUUAUACAUACUAUAUACAUUUUAUGGACAUUUUAUGGACACAGUGAAUUUGACAAUAAUUCUAUUUUGUUUGUUUUUACUCCUGAACUUCCUCUAACACACAACUUUUAAUGAAUUAUCUGAAUGCUGGUUCACAUUUGCUGUCCUCCUAUUCUUGUUAAUUAGUUCAACUUGUCUUCCUGAAGACGGUUUCAAAUAUCCCUCUCUACUGUUGCAUUACAAAGGUACAUGUGGUGAACCAAAAAAUAGAAUCACCUGGAUGAAUGAGGGACAACAAUAUGACAAUGCCCCGGCCCUAAAUGCAUUAGUAGUCGUUCUAUGGUCAUCUCCUUGUCCCUCAUUUGUGUCUACUACUUGUAAGUCUUCUCUCUCUGCAUCAAUGACUACCUGUCUACUCCAAAUGUCUUGGAGAGAGUACAGAGGCUUUUAAUUGUUCUUAAUGUGGGUAAAGGCACCAUGGAUAGAUGCAUAACUGUAGUUUUCGAGUAUUUUAAUCUGCAUAAAUCUGAAGAAAAUACAUAUUUAUGCUCGGGUUCAUUGAAUAUUAGGGAUGUCAACACACAAUCCCCAUGUGUUUCAAUGCGUACUGGGCUUAAUUGGAACAACAAUAAUUUAUAGUUUAAAAAAAUAAAUAAGACAGAAUAGCAAAGUUUAGUCAUGAAAUAUUUGGAAACCAAUUGUUUGGGGUAUAAAUAUACACUAUAGACUACAAUAUUAUGCGAAGUUAGUAUUGAUCAUAUUGAACAAUAUUUAUUUCCAUUUCCAGGGGGUGCUUUUUGUGCUACUGUACCCUUUAAGCCCACCUGAGAUAAAUGUCAAAAUUUCAAAAAAUGUCCAUGUAUAAUAAUGCAAGGUUCAUUUAACAGUAAAAUAAGACAAAAUGCAGAAAGAAAUUUGAGCUGUGAGUGCUUGAGAUCUAUUAUAUUGUUGUGGUUCACCAAGUUAUGUUGCUACUGUAUUGACUGUGACGUGGUACGACUGCUAGCAUGAAAAACCCAUAUUUUCAAUUGGCAAGAAAUAGUAAUUAAUACCCAUGUAGUAUGCUAUCAUGUGCAUAUAUCAACACUCUUAAUUUUACAUGAAGUAUGAUCACUAGAAACUCCAAUGUAGAAUGUAGAAGCUCCAAUGUAAAAUGUAGAAACUUCAAUGUAGAAACUCCAAUGCAGAAUGUAGGAACUCUCUCGAUAUAGGCCUAGAAGAUAAAUGACCAGUUUGUUGUUUCCUUAACCCGGGCCCUUGUAGUACAUGAUCAUACUUUUCCUGGUAUUCCUCGUCCAAUUUGGAGUUUCAUGCUCCUGCUUGGCCAUGAACCAAGGGCAGCAGGUGAGUACCCAUAUACCCCUCAAUCUCAACUCUGGAGACCUGGGACACCAGGUGGGUGAAGUUAAUUAUCAGGUAGAACAAAAAAACAGCAGGCUCCGGACCUCAUAGGGUAAGAGUUGAAUACCCCUGCCAUAGACCCUACCCCCUAGGAACUUGUGUAGAUCUGAAAGGAAUGGAUAGAUUCUCUUUCUCUAUCCAUUUCAGCUAUGCCUUGUCAGCUGUUCCCUUCCACUCCCUCUUUCUAUGUAGAAUCAAUCUUUAUGGCUGCGUUUAGACAGGCAGCCCAAUUCGUUUUUUUUUUCUCACUAAUUUGUCUUUGACCAAUCAGGAAAAAAAGAGCUGAUGUGAAAAGAUCUGAUGUGAUUGGUCAAAAGACCAAUUAGUGGAAAAAAUAUCAGAAUUGUCCUGCCUGUGUAAACUGAGCCCAUGUUCUCUUGUAUUCCUACGCACUCAUGUCCUCAUGGACCUGUGGCUCAGUUGGUAGAGCAUGGCGCUUGCAAUGCAAAUGAUAGUGGAUUCGAUUCCCACUGGGGCCACCUAAAAAUGUAUGCACUCAUGACCAAGUCGCUUUGGAUAAAAGCAUCUGCUAAAUGGCAUUUAUUAUUAUAUGUCCUCUCACUUUGCAGGAGAAGCUGCUGAACUCCACCUGGAGUCUGAUGAGCAACAACACCAAGGGAGAGCUGGAGGGCCAGCUGGACUGCUGUGGCCUGCUCAACACCACCCUCAGCCAGAGGCAGUUUACCCAGGACUGGUUCAGCUGCACUGCUGUAAGGAUUGGCUUUACUUGUAAUGCAUGUUCCUGCAAAAUAUGACCUGGAAAUAGUUGUACUUGUAAUACAUGUGUCCUUCUGCUCAUACUAAAUAUGGCGGGGAAAUGGUAGCUGAAAAAAGUAUGAAAAUGUAUGCACUCACUACUGUAAGUCGCUCUGGAUAAGAGCGUCUGCUAAAUGACUAAAAUGUCAAAUGUAAAAAUGUAGCUGUAUUUUACAUUUCCCCCUUGUUCGUGAUGAAUCACCACAGGAAAAUGUAUUUCAGAAAUUACUUGGUUUUAUCCAUAGGUAAUGCCCUGUCACUGAUAAAUAUGUGAUGUAAUGGUCAGAGAAGCUCUGAAUGUUUCCACUUGCUUUUGCCAGUGUAGUGUGUACCUCGCUCACUGUGGUUUAUCAGAGUAUUUGCCAGUUGAUCUACACACAGCUGAGACUGAGAGCGUGUCUGUCUUCCAUUGUAGCCGUGUAAAGCCAGGAACAACUGCUACACCUGUGGUGACAUGAUGCUACAGCACUCUACAGAGGCUCUGAAGAUCCUGGGAGGGGUCGGACUCUUCUUCAGCUUCACUGAGGUGGGUGUCUGAGCUGCAAGCUUUUCUUUAGGCACUUUUUGCUCUUUUCAUACUAUCGUGACCACCUGAACCCGAACCAAACUGCGCCAACUUGGAUAUUUUCGCAUUGUCCACAAUUCCAGGCACUAUGGUGGAUGCGAACCAGGCCAGCUCAGUACAGCUUGUUUUGGCUCAGUAGUGUGAAAAGCCAUUUUGUAUACCACAUCCUUGUCUGAAUUAUGUCAUCAUUCUCUUCCAGAUUCUUGGGGUGUGGCUGGCAGUGCGCUACAGGAACCAGAAAGACCCCAGAGCCAAUCCCAGUGCUUUCCUAUAGUCGGUCUAACCCCAUGUAAUUAAUGCAAUACUGUAGAUUCACAAUGAGAAGAUACACUGGUACCUGGACAUCUAGAAACACUCAGGAGUUUAAACUGGACCACAAUCAUACAAAUGGGGUGCGUUCCAAAUGACACCCUAUUCCCUCUAUUGUGCACUACACUCUAAAAAGAAAAGGUUCC